CUCGGGCCCACGCACGACACGGGAGGGGCGGACUUGGCACGCCGGGACACGGCGCGGGAGAGCCGGGACGCGCGCGACCGCGCCCCCAGGUCCCGCCGUUGACUAUGCCCGGGUAGCAUGUCGGGAUGGCCCUCUCCCAAGACGCCGUCCCGUCCCUGUCGGACUGCCAGUGCCAGAUCUGCGUGGGAAUCCUCAUUGAGCCCGUGACCCUCCCUUGCAACCACACGCUCUGCAAUUCCUGCUUCCAGGCGACGGUGGAGAAGGCGAGUCUGUGCUGUCCCUUCUGUCGCCGCCGGGUCUCGUCGUGGACCCGGUACCACACCCGGAGGAAUUCGCUCAUCAAUAAGGAACUGUGGGAGAUCAUUCAAAAACAUUACCCGGAGGAAUGCAAGCUGAGAGCGUCUGGACUCGAAUCCGAGGGGUUUGUUGAUGACUGUUGCCCAGUUCGCCUGAUAAGUAAGCCCGGGGAAUUGAGGAGAGAAUAUGAAGAGGAGAUAAGCAAGGUGGCAGCAGAACGACGGGCCAGUGAGGAAGAAGAAAAGAAAGCCAGCGAAGAAUAUAUCCAGAGGUUACUGGCAGAGGAGGAGGAGGAAGAAAAAAGGCAAGCAGAAAAAAGGCAAAAAGAGCAAGAGCAACAACUGAAAGAUGAUGAAGAACUGGCGAGAAAACUAAGCACUAAUCUUAAUAAUUUCCAUGAGGGAAAUAUCAUGACCUCUCCUAUGAAUUCCAAAAAAUCUGGUACAGUCACAACCAAGUCACAAAAGAAAAGUAAGAACAAACAAACUAGCAUUGGAGAUAUUCAGAAGUAUUUGUUACCCCGUUUUGUGUCAGCUUCACAGCCAGAACUUGUUCAAGAAAUCAGAUCAAACUUCAAGUCCGCUGAGGAACUGGCUGAUAACGAUAUUAAGAGCUCUACAUGGCAAAAUAGUGACACUAUGGAAGGUGAGCCAACACCUUCUUCACAAGUGUGCCUUGAAGUUCAGGAACAAAGUGCAAAAUCCCCAGGAGAGUCACCCGUGCCUCAGUUAUGUGCCAGUAGUACAGAUGAGUGCCUUGAAGGGGAAAACAGAACAGGACCAGUAAGCAGUCAUGAGGCAGAGUUGUGUGCCCUGAACCAUGAGGGAAUGGAAGUCACAGCUCCUUACUGUAGAGAAAGUGCAGCCACACCUUGUGGCCAAAAGGAGAGUGGGUGUGCUAUGACAGACAUGUCAGGGAUCACUGACUCAGCUGAGACAGACAGCGAAGAGUCCUGCCUGUUGAUCGGUAGAGAUACUUCCAAAAGAAGAAACCAGGAUUCUUCACUUGAAAUGGUCAAGGAUCCAUGUUUUUCGGUAAAAAGAAGAAAAAUACUCGCAGACCCAAAGGAAACAGAUACCAACUUUACCCAAAAACUGAUGGAUUUGGAACAUUUGUUUUUUGAGAGACAUAAACAAGAAGAGCAGGACAGGUUAUUUGCAUUACAGCUCCAAAAAGAGGUGGACAAAGAACAAAUGAAGCCAAACCGGCAAAAAGGAUCCCCAGAUGAGUAUCAGUUACGUGCUUUGUCGUCACCACCGGAAGACCUAAAUGGACAGAGGAAAACGUCCAGAAACAGGAAUUUCAAAAAACAAGUUGAUAAAGAGCAUUCAGAACCUCAGAGAGGCUCUAAAAAUGAAAAUGGGCGUCCUUUAAAGAAACAUUCAGUUAAAGGAAGGAAGACGUCAAAUUCUACUGGAGAUAAUUGUAAUCUUGUGAAAAGUGCUCAUUCCCUAGAGCUUAGUAAGUCACAGCAAAGUAUUUUUCAGAUGUUUAAGAGAUAUACAAAUUAAUGGAGCGGUGUAAGUGUUUUAUACUCUAGGUAAAGUUGGGCUGGGAAACCCAUUUCUGUCAUAGAAUCUCUGAAUGUUUUGUUUACAGUCACUGUCUUUCAUUCAAAGAUUGUGUGGUUACACAGGAGGAAUACACAAGUAUGUUUUUGCCAAACUCAACUGGUCAGCAAGAACCCCAGUUCUUUCCAGUGUUAAUAACUCUAAGGUACUAAGUUUGACAAUCCUUCUGUCAUCGAAAUGGCUUGGCUGCCCCCAAGGAAUCUCCCAAGCACCAUUCUCUCUCCAGACAUCAUAGAUUAGGGCCUUUACUCAUCUUUUUUCCUAACUCAUAGUCAAAGCAAUAGCAUAUGACACCAAGUAAUAAAAGGCUUAAAAGCUAAGUUUCUUGCUGUUUACCCAUAUACAUGCAGACUCUAUUACUGCAUUUUUAAGAACAUUUAAAAUGCUUUAUGAGCAAUGUCACUGGGAAAAAAAACCUAUAAAUUAGAAAGUAGUGGGCAGAGGCUAGAUUCAAUGAGAAAGGAUUUCAGAGUUGGGAUGAUGCCACGCGGGGUAGAUUUGGAAGCACUGGAAAUGAUAACGGGAAUGGUUUUAGGGGUAAGAGGAACAGCAAGUAGAACUUGACUAGAUAUUCUCCCUCAUCUUUUGCUCAAGGACACUAAUAAUUAUUUGGGGUUUGUGGUUUUCACACCAUAGUAUCUGGUGUCAAAUUAAAAUAGUAUCUGGUGUCCUGGAGUUUGAGGCUUAAUACAGGGAUUGAGCAGUUUGCCUUGCGCAUGACCGGCCUGGAUUUGAACCCUGGUAUUACAUAUGGUCCUCCUGAGCACCGCCAGGAGUGAUCCCUGACCUCAGAACCAGGAAUAACCCUGAGCAUCACCAGGUAUGGUCCCAUAAAACAAAUCUUCUAAGUUACCUGAUACUUUUGAUAAUUAACAUUUCUGUUAUUUCAGGGACUGACUACAGGAGACUAAAAAGUGCCAGAGCAUUCUAUGUUGUAGAGCCUAAAACAUGAGUUUAUUUUUUUUAUUGUUUGUAUUGAUGCUGACAUACUUCUGUUUAUGACAGAAAGUGUAUUUGGAUUUUGUUCUGAAAGUUAAAACCAGAAGGUAGUGAUUUCAUUUUAUGAAACUCAACUAUUUUCUGUUUGAUAUAGUUUAGUUUACAAUAGUUUUGAUUUCUUUUUUGUUAAUGUCUAGUAUGUAUUUCUUAAUGCAAGAAAAAAUAACAAUAAAGUGGCCAGAAACCCA